AUGUAUGCAAAUGCAAAACCCACAACAACAGUCCUUGUCAACAAAGGAGCUGCAGCACAACUCUCACACGCCGUCCAUACCCUCGUCGAUGGAUCAGGCUUUACGUGCUUCAGACCCUGUGCGAACUAUUGCCUGGUCCAGCGCCCUGGGCGGCCAUCGAAACGACACUUUACCACCACUCCUCGGACACAGUUCAAGGAGAAGUAUUUUCCUCCAGCCGACACCAAGAAUAUUAAAAUCACCCGUCCAGCAUGGCACCACCCGGUUUACACGGAACAACAGAUGAAUGCUAUUCAAGUAGCCCACCGCGAGAAGAAGACCUGGUCCGACGUUUGGGCGUUGUCUAUGGUGAGCCUGUUGCGAUUUGGUAUGGACACCGCCACAGGCUAUAGUCAUCCGACCGAAGAGGCCAAGAAGAUGGGCAGUUGGCUCGGGCUCAGCAAAGUCAAGAGCUGGUUUGGUCCAUCACCAAUGACCGAGCGGAAAUGGCUCAUCAGGUUCCUCUUCCUCGAAAGCGUCGCUGGAGUCCCCGGCAUGGUUGCUGGCUCGGUACGGCAUCUGCACAGCCUACGGCGGUUGAAAAGAGACAACGGAUGGAUUGAAACCCUCCUAGAAGAAGCCUACAACGAACGCAUGCACCUUUUAACGUUCAUGAAGAUGGCCGAACCAGGCCGAUUCAUGAAGACAAUGAUCAUCGGUGCGCAAGGCGUCUUCUAUAACAUGUUCUUCAUGAGCUACUUGUUCUUCCCUCGGGCAUGCCACCGGUUCGUCGGGUACCUGGAGGAGGAAGCGGUCCUGACAUACACCCGUGCAAUUCAUGAUAUUGAGGCCGGAAGGCUUCCCAAAUGGCAGCAGCUUGAGGCACCAGAGAUCGCUGUCAGAUACUGGAACAUGCCGGAGGGUCAUCGAACGAUGCGAGAUCUGCUGUUGUACAUUCGGGCCGACGAGGCCAAGCAUAGGGAGGUCAACCAUACCCUGGGCAACCUCGAGCAAAAGAAUGACCCGAAUCCUUUCGUCAGCGAGUACGAGGACCCGGUCCGACCACAUCCAUCUAAGGGAAUCGAGAAUAUCAAACCAACAGGUUGGAACAGAGAAGAGGUGAUCUGA